GAGAACUACCUUAGGUAACAUGGGUUCUUAUUAAACUAACGAUGCGGCUACCCGUAGAGUGCAGACAUCCCGCAUUUUUCACAUGCUAAAAUGCUGCAUCUCAAUCAAUCCUAGCCUGGCUGCAGCCUGGUUAUGGCUCAGCGACUCCAGAUUUAGAUCAGCUGCCAUGCGACCAGUAUUGUUAUUGCGUAUUAAAGAAAAUCAUCUGAUAUGCGAGACUCUUUUGUGGGGGAGAAGGCCGGUUUCGUCUUUGCCGGUCCGGGGCGCAGCUUUUUGGAGGAGGAAUCACAUGCAUUCGUAGUGUAUCUGUCAGAUUUGUGUUGUAGGUAUGUACCCAAUUGUAUGUGUGCUAAAUCAUCCAAUGCUACCUAACUACUAUGCAUAUAGAACU